AUGGCAUCAGCAGAGCUUUCUCGUGAGGAAAAUGUGUAUAUGGCCAAGCUCGCCGAGCAGGCAGAGAGGUACGAGGAGAUGGUUGAGUUCAUGGAGAAGGUAGCCAAGACUGUUGACUCUGAGGAACUCACUGUGGAGGAGCGCAACCUCCUGUCUGUUGCAUACAAGAACGUCAUUGAGCCCGCCGCGCCUCAUGGCGCAUCAUCUCCUCCAUUGAGCAGAAGGAGGAGGGCUGAGGCAAUGAGGACCGUCUGCUCGAGUCCCACCUUGUGCCCUCUUCAACUGCUCCCUGAGUCCAAGGUCUUCUAUCUCAAGAUGAAGGGUGACUACUACAGAUACCUUGCUGAGUUCAAGACUGGAGCUGAGAGAAAGGACGCUGCUGAGAACACCAUGGUGGCAUACAAGGCUGCCCAGGACAUUGCCUUGGCUGAGCUUGCUCCAACUCACCCUAUUAGGCUUGGAUUGGCACUUAACUUCUCAGUGUUCUACUAUGAGAUUCUCAACUCACCUGAUCGCGCCUGCAGUCUUGCAAAGCAGGCUUUUGACGAGGCCAUCUCGGAACUGGACACCCUGAGCGAGGACUCCUACAAGGACAGCACUUUGAUCAUGCAGCUCCUCCGUGAUAACUUGACCCUAUGGACUUCUGACAUCUCGGAGGACCCUGCUGAAGAGAUCAGGGAGGCGCCCAAGCGCGACUCGAGCGAGGGGCAGUAA